AUGCUGGUGCUGCUACUGCCAGGAAUACCAGGACCUGUGGAUUUCUCUGCCGCAUUUGUCAUCAUGGGGAAGGAAGAGGGUAUAGGGAUUGGGGACGAGGAAGGGCAUGAAGGCGUACAGGAGAGGGGGGAGGAAGAGGGGGAGGACGAGGAGGGGGAGGAGGAAGAUGGAAAGAAGGAAGAGGGAGAGGAAGAAGAGGGGGAGGAAGAAGAAGAGGGGGAGGAAGAAGAUGGAGAGGAGGAGGAAGGGGAGAGGGAAGAGGAGGGGGAGGAAGAAGUGGGGGAGGAGGAGGAGAUGGAGGAAGCAGAAGAAGGGGAAGAGAGGGAAGAGGGUGAAGUUGCUGCUGCUGCGGCUGCUGCUGCGGCUGCUGCUGCUGCUGCUGCUGCUGCUGCUGCUGCUGCUGCUGCUGCUGCUGCUGCUGCUGCUGCUGCUGCUGCUGCUGCUGCUGCUGCUGCUGCUGCUGCUGCUGCUGCUGCUGCUGCUGCUGCUGCUGCUGCUGCUGCUGCUGCUGCUGCUGCUGCUGCUGCUGCUGCUGCUGCUGCUGCUGCUGCUGCUGCUGCUGCUGCUGCUGCUGCUGCUGCUGCUGCUGCUGCUGCUGCUGCUGCUGCUGCUGCUGCUGGUGCUGGUGCUGGUGCUGGUGUUGCUGCUGCUGGUGGUGCAUCUUGUUCUGCUGCAGCGGUACAAAAACGAAACCACCCCUCCGCCAGCUCCCCCACGCCCAUGCUUUCGCAAGCGCUGCACCCCCGCUGCACAAACUUGCCUCUGCCUGAAUCCACAGACUCUCCCCCAACAGGCAAAAGCGAGGAUGAGAGACCGGAGAAGCUUCUUGAAGCGAGUCGUGGUGGAGUUGGAGAGUGA